AGGAGACACUGUGGAAACAGGAGUUCACCACAAAGGAAGCAAGCAUGUCUUUGCACAGACUGAUGGUGUAUUUGUCGACAGCAUCCUUGUUUUGCUUCAUGAUAGGACUCAAUGCCGCACUCUUUGUUCUGCGUUUUAUUUCACCAAGUCUCACCAAGAAGAUCAUUCUCAAAAUGGGUGAAAAGACCACGAUGACCCAGAAUCCCAACUUCAAGUAUGAAGAUUGGGGUCUGACAUUUGCAUCUGUUGAUUUCGUGAAAGCCGCCAGCAGCCACCUGUGGAUGUCUCUCGGACAAGAUGCCUUUGUGGGGGGAGAAGCUCCUGACACAUCUGUGGUCAGCAUGGAGGGAAAGAAAACAAGUAUCUGCAAGUACUUGAAAGACAACAGAGCGCUGGUGUUGAGUUUUGGAAGCUGCACCUGACCCCCGUUCAUCUUCAAACUUGACGAGUUCAAGCAACUCGUCAGGGAUUUCAGCGACGUGGCUGACUUUCUUGUAGUCUACAUCGCCGAGGCGCAUUCAACAGAUGGUUGGGCCUUCACCAACAACAUUGACAUCAACCAGCACCAGAACCUGGAGGACAGGCUGUCUGCAGCACAGAUCCUGGCUCAGAAGGAGCCCCUGUGUCCGGUGGUUGUUGACGACAUGAGUGACGUGUCUGCCAUAAAGUACGGCGCUCUGCCCGAGAGGCUUUACGUGCUGCAAGCUGGGAAAGUUGUCUACAAGGGGAGCGUGGGGCCUUGGGGUUACGAUCCAAUGGAGGUGCGUUCGUUCCUGGAGAAGAUGAAAUAAGAAGGUUGUUCAAGUAUUUGCCAUCCGAUUAGUCUGUCCACAUCAUAGUCAACAUAUAUUCUCAUAUCAACCAAUACCAUAUUGUUUUAAAUCAAGGUUCAAAUCAAUUAACUGCUUAAUCUACAUGUAGUUUAAUAUCUGCUCUUUGGGGAGGGGGGGGGGGCAUCGUGCUCCUACAGUCAAUCUCUGAGCUUGAACUCGCCUCUCUGUGUUUCUUAGUGACGGCUGCAGAUUAAACCGUUGGCCUCUGUAGCCAGAUGAAGUGAAACGGAGAGAGACGGUCUGGUUCAAGAGUUUGUGUUUGAGACGUCGCAUAAUGUACAGGAGAUGUCCCCUAAAUUGUCUUAAAGUUUAAAAGGCCGUAAGAUUUGAAGUCAAUGAAAGCACUCGUUUGCCACUUCUCUCGCAGGUUCAUUUAUCAUCAACUCUAUCAUUAGCAUUGUAAACUGUAUUAAUUACUAAGCGCUUCUAUUGUCAGUGAAUGCUCCGAGGUAAUUUCACAGGAGGGUGUUUUUUUUUUAUAUAUGAUGGUUACAGUGCAAACCUCUGGUAACUGUAACCUGAUGGAUUACUUGAAAAACAGCCUUCCCUGGUUUAUGUAGGAGCAUUCAUGAUGACAUGUAACAUUUGCAUGAUAGUACAAUAAAGAACAAGCUGGGAAGAAGACUCCUGCAUCAACUCCUCCAUUCAUACGCGACAUGAUUUGAAUUGUGUUUCCGUGACCCUUCCUCCACUGCCGACAUAGCUGGAUGGAAAUAAACUGGCUAAAGUUAAAUCAUUAUUCAAAUGAAAAGCAGCAGCCAUUGUUUGAAACAUCCAUCAUCGCUUCUUUGAGCUGCUGACUCAUCCAAUAAGAUGGGCUGCAAAUCUCCACAGGUGUUUUUAUUUUUACAUCAUGUUUCUGUGGGGAAAAUGGCCGAGGGCUUAAAUGUUGACGCACACAGCAGUGUGACACCACACGGCAAGCUGGCUGUUGUUGACUCUCUUGUCUGGAAAUGGUAAACGUCCUGCACUGUAUGUGGGUCAUGCCAAGUUCAACAAGUGUGCACACACCGCGAGUUGUGAUGUGUGGCAUUCAGGCCCUGAUGUGAGUUAAUACCUAACCGUCUAGUCUUUGCAAAUCUAUCGAUUUUGGCUCCCAGCAGGUCUAGUCUCACUACAAAACUUACUGCCUCUCUUGCUUUAAUUCUUCAAUAGUGUUGUAUAACACGAAGCAAACAGUAGUGCAUUGCCUUUCAAGGUCUAGGUUUUACUCAUGUCUUUUAGGGGUGAAAGAGGAACUAUUGUUAAUAAUAGAAAAUAAUGAUUUACCUCAAGGUAAGAAUGAUUAAACUCCCAACAUAUAUCAUAUCAUUAUAAAUUGUUGAAUUGGCUUUCCUCGUCUUUAUGGCUUUUGCCUCCACACAAAUAUUAAAUUAAGAACCCACUCAUGUACAGUAUUUGGGUAGAUUUUUAUAUAUAUUUUUAAAUGCACACAAUAAAAAGAGCUGCAUCAGUGGUGAUUUGUGCCCUGUUUUGUCUGAUUAGUGUAAAAGUGAUUGGAAAAGUAAACCCUGUUAAAAAAAA